AUGAUUCCAAGUCAAAUCUUACUGUUACUGUCCUUCGGUGUAGCCGCUGUUACAGUGCGCUCUUCCAAACCCAACUUCAUCUUCAUUAUUACCGACGAUCAAGACUUGCAUUUGAACUCGCUCGAUUACCAACCUGCUGUGCAGAAGCAUUUCGCCCAGGAAGGUACUUGGUUCAAGAAGCAUUUCUGCACCGUAGCACUAUGCUGUCCAUCACGAGUGUCGCUCUUGACGGGGAAAGCUGCUCAUAACACGAAUGUCACAGACGUCUCAGCUCCUUACGGCGGAUAUCCUAGGUUCAUCGAGGAAGGUUUCAAUGAUGCUUAUCUUCCGGUGUGGCUUCAGGAGGCGGGCUACAACACGUAUUACACUGGUAAAUUUAUGAAUGGACACUCCAUCUCUACCUACGAUGCACCGCGAGCCAGUGGCUGGAAUGGUUCUGACUUCCUGAUUGACCCCGGAACAUACGUCUUCUACAACUCAACCAUGACGCGCAACUACGACAUCUACAGAAACCUACCAGGAGAAUACUCAACCGACCUAGUAGCCAAUGCCGCAGUCUCCUUCCUAGACGAAGCCAUCGCAGCACCCGACCGACCAUUCUUCAUCGGCGUCGCGCCCAUAGCCCCCCACUCAGAAACAAUCACCAACCCACGUCCCACAAAGUUCAAUCUACCCGUCCCUGCGAAGCGACACGAACACCUCUUUCCAGAUGUGAAAGUACCAAGGACACCAAACUUCAAUCCUUCCAAACCAGGAACAGCAUCCUACCUCUCUACCCUGCGCCCACUCAACGCUUCAGAAAUCGCCUACAACGACGCCUGGUACCGCGCACGCCUACAGACCCUACAAUCCGUAGACGACCUCAUCGACUCCAUUAUCGACCGUCUCAGUCAACACCCCUCCGUCCUAGAAAACACCUACCUAAUCUACACAACCGACAACGGCUUCCACAUAAGCCAACACCGACUCCCACCCGGAAAAUCCUGCGGCAUAGAAGAAGACAUCAACAUCCCCUUCUUCAUCCGCGGCCCGGGCGUUGCCAAGAACGCAGUUCAAAAUAUCCCGAGUAGUCACACGGAUAUCGUGCCUACACUGUUCCAUCUCGCUGGUAUACCAGCCCGGGAGGACUUUGACGGGGAGCCCAUCCCCGUUACGGGUGAGAUGCAGAAAAGGGGUGGGAAGAGCGAACACGUCAACAUUGAGUUUUGGGGCGAGUAUUUGGUAGAGGGGAAUACAUUUUAUGGGCGAGAUGUUUGGGGGGAGAAUACGUAUAAGACGACGGACCCCUACCAACUCACCAACCUCCUUUCCACACCCAACACAACCACCACCAUAAACACCUGGCCCAUCCCCUCCCUAACCGCCCGCCUCGACGCCCUCCUCCUCACGCUCAAGCGCUGCAAAGGCCGUGUGUGCACGAGACCGUGGGAGAAAUUGCAUCCAGAGGGCAAUGUACGUAAUCUGAAAGAUGCUAUGCAUGGAAGGCACGAUGUGUUUUACCUGGAGAAGCAGACGAAGGUUAGCUUUGAUGAGUGUGCGAUGGGUCAGAUUUUGGAGGUCGAGGGGCCGCUUGAGCCGGUGACUUGGAGGGAGGAGGAGUGGGAUCAGUGGAAUUAG